AUGUUGAAAAGAGUUGAUCCAACAAAUGCUGUGCUUAUCGAAUAUUUGACAACUAUUGAUCCCAAAGUUGAAACCGAGAAGUUGUUAACGAAAGAAGAUGGAGGUCCUUCGAAGAAAUCCAGGACAACAAAGAAGAUUGAGAUCAUAACUCCUGAGCCAAAUGUUCAAGAAACGAAGAAAUCGAAGUCUCCUAAGAAUACCAUGAAGCAAGAUGAGCAAGUUUCACAAGUUGUGCUGAAGUAUGGUGGUUCUCCAAUUUCAAGCGUGGUUCGUAAGCCUCACGUUACUCAUCAAGGGGUCAUUAUGCGUGAAGUACCAGCUCAUGUUUAUCCUCUAUCAAAGAAACGAAGAGUUGAAGAUAUGGCUAAGCAAAUUUCGAAGAAAAAGAAGAGACAACUUGUUUUUCCAACUCACAAGCAGAUAGGGGGGGGGGGUGAGUUCAGUCUCUACUUUGAAAUUGAUGGAUUGAUGAAGGCUUUCGAAGCACAAAUGGUGAGCAAAAUUUCAGGUAUGAUUAAAGAUACCGAGUCCAAAAUCUUAGAGAAGGUUGAUCAAUCUGAUCACACCACUGAGUUAAGGAUAAAUUCUUUUAAUUCAAAGUAUGUGGGCGCUGUCAAGGAGUUCACAAAUGUCCAAAAAGAAAGACAUACAUUGUUUGUUAUGGAUGUGAAGAAGGUGAGAGAAGAUGCCAAAUUGAAGCUACAAGAGCUUCAUGAUGAUAUGGUGAAAGAAUUUGUUGCUGUUCAGCAUGAUUAUGCAACUCUACAUAAAAAGGUUGAUAUCAUUUGUGAUGCUGUAAUGAAAUAUGUUAAGUUGUACGAAAUCUUGAGUCCUCAAAUUACUCAACUUUCUACAACUGACAAUCAACAGUUUGGGGAGCUUAUUUCGAUGCUAAAGGAUUUAAAAGAAUCUAUGCUCAAGCCUGCUUCAUCUUUGAUAAUCACUCCAAAGUUCCUCUCUUUGAAAUUUUCACAAUUCGAAGCAAUUGGCUCCGUUAUCUACCAUUUCGAAUCUUCUGCCAAUCGGUGCCCCACCUGUUCGAACAAGGGUGAAAGGAGGAAAGAAAAGAGUUGGAGAAGCUUCUCAUGCGAAGGCUGGAGGUGA